AUGACACCUUCCUCCAUAUCUGCUGCUGCUACUACUGCUACGGCUACUGCUACGGCUACUUCAACUCCAUCUUCACCAUAUGAAAGAAGAAAUUCAAAUCAACUCAUUGAAAAUCUAACACCUAAAUCUAGACCGAUCUCUCAACAUAAUACUCGAAUCCCAUUUCCUGCACCUCGUCCUUCACCUGUUUCAUCAAAUCGUCAUAACACUUCAAAUUCAAUCUCAACUUCUACUGCUUCUUUAUCUCAACCUAUCUCAGAUCUCACUCUCACCUCAGAUUCAACAAACUCUCAAGAAGUCAAUAUGCUUAAAGAACAACUUGCAAAACUUCAAGCUGAAUUACGUUUAGCCAAAGGAAAAUCUUCAAAUCAAGAUUCAAAUCAUUCUUCAAGUAGGACUCAUACACCUUCUACUUUAAAACGUACUCAUCAUUCUCAAUCAUCUCAUAUGUCAACUUCUAAUUCAUCUCAAACUCUUACACCUUCACCUCGUCAUAAACUAUCUUCUCGUUCUCAAAGUCCUCGAAAACGUGCUAGUAGUCAUACUAUCGACCAAACCGAAGAAGGACUUUCCAUUCGACUUGUAACGGCUCCUGGUCUGGUUCAACCUUCUGGAGCGUUCUUGAAUCCUGAUUCUGGCUUUCCUACUUCUGAUAGUGGUUAUAUUAAAGAUGAAAGAGGGAAUUGGGUACCACUUCAACCCAAUCAUUCAACUCAAGAUGAUCUGAAAACUAGUCAAAACUCUAGUACUUCUUCAUCUACCAAUCCUAAUCAUCAAACACUUGAAGAUGUUCGAGGGCUUAGUAGGAUACCUAUCAGUGCUGUUUCGAUGGGUAGGGUCUUAGCGGGUGAUACAGCAGGUCGGAUCACGACUGAAGAUGAUGAAAACACAUCAGAAUAUACGUCAGAAGGACCACAUGAAAAACCUGAAACGGAUCUCGAAUCAUCUCAUGUCACUUCACCAUCUAAUCCUGUACCUAGAAGACGAGUGAACCGUAGGAUUCCUUCUUUACAAACAUUAGAUGAAUCAGGAGGAGGUCCGGUAUGUCUUUCACCUGGACGUGAAUCACGUUCGUCUGUUGGAUCUACGACAGAUCAUAGACCUACAAACCAAACCUCAAGUUCAAGUCGACAAUCACGAGGCAACCCGUUUUUCGGAUCAGGAGGAGGUCGAGAUCGAGGAGCGAUGAUUCAUCAUUCUUCACAUGGCACUGAUAAGAAUGGAGGUAAUACAGGAAGGGUGAUUACGAAUUUACAAUCUGAUUUACUUUAUGCUAGAACAGCUUUAGAUCAAUCUAAAUCACAACUUAGAUUAUCACAAAGAACGGUAGAAAGUUUAACGAGACAAACAGAAGAUUUAAAAGAAUCGAUGUCAAGGUUAAGAUUAGAGAAUGAAGGCUUGAGUAAGAUGUUAGCUAGAAAGGAAAGAACGGUAUCUGAACUCAUGGAACGAAUUAAGAAAUCGGAAUCUGAAUUGAGUACUUUGAAAGUAGAAAAAAAAGAAAUUGAUUCGAGUAUGAAGAAAAUGACGAAAGAGACUGAAGAGGUUUUGAAAGAAUCUAUUAGAAGAAGAGAUCGUGCUGAGGUUCAAUAUGAAGCAGUUAAAUCCGGUGUUAAAUCUCUUUCGGAUGGUUGGAAAAGAGAUGUGAUUGGAUUGAAAUCAGAUAUGAACAAAUUAGAAGAAAAACAUAGAAAAGAAUUAGAAGAAUCUAGAUUGAAGUAUAAUACAUUGGCUAAAUUACAUGCAUCACGUUCAGGUGCAUUAUCAUCAUUAGAAUCUACAUUGAAUUCAUUACAAUCUACGAAAGAAACGAUUUUGAAUACAUAUUCGAUUGAACUUAAAAGCUUACAAACCAAUUUAGAAACCGAUCAACAAGAGAAUCAAAAAUCGUUAAUGAUGACCCAAGAAGUCAUAGAUGAAUGUGCUAGGUUUAAAAGAAUGUUGAGAGAUUAUCAUGGUUGA